AUGAAGCGCUCUCGCCCCCGACGAAGUGGAACGCUGCGAAAAGCCUAUGGCGAGGAUGAUAUAACUGCGACUACUACAAGCGACUCCGACGAGCAGGGCGAUGCUUCGUAUGAGACGGAUCUGACGGAGCCGGACGAUGCCCCAAGCUCGCGAAAACGUCUCCGGUCGGAUGAGAACUGCUCUUCCUUCGAGAUAGGGUUCCCCGGUGACCUCGGGGAACUCUACAAUGAUCCACUAGAUGAUGAUGGAGUUGAUCUGUCUGAGAUUCCCGAGGAUUUCGACAAAGCACCAGGCACCAUUGAACGACGAGAGCGGAUUGAGGGCCGGUGGAAACGGUACUGUGCCAGCCAGCGGAUAAACAAGCCCAAUGAGCCAAAAUGGCGGGAGCCUGAGGAGGCGCUACGCCAGGCGUCGAACAAUGACAUGUAUCGGUUCCUAGGCUGGUGUCUCAAACUCGAGCGCGGCAAGGAAGGUCGGCGGUUAAAACGCAUCAACAAAGCUAGCUCGUUGAAUACGGACUGGAAAAACCUCCGCGGCUACUACCAAAAGCUUACCAAGAUCAAAAUCAACGACGAGGAUGGCUCGGAUGUACGCAGGGGUAUGAAGUACUUGGUCCAAGAGCAUGGGUUAGACACGCAGCCUGGAAAGAAGACACCAGUUUAUAUCGAGGAUAUUGGCCCGUUUAAUGAAACGAUUUUAUCGACGCAGGAGAAAAGGUUCUAUCUGGGCUUCCAACGUAUCCAAGUGUGUCUGUUCAAUUCCCUGGCUCUCUUUACUGUGCACCGAAGAAACGCCUUGUUGAGUCUGCAGUUCAAGGACCUGCAGAUCUCCCUUCAGAAGGAUCCUCGUGGAGGCCCACCCGUCCCUAUGAUUGAACUCACUCCCGAAGGGACCAAAAAGUUCCUAGGUCUGACCAAAUUAACUACUUUUGCACUUCCCGAGAUCGUUUACGGGCCCUCUCUGGUGAUAUGCCCGCAUACAUUGCUUUUCGGCAUCCUGUUCCAUGCGCGCGCAUUCCGGAAUUCGAGGCUAACCUCGAAGGCUCAGCUACGAAAAUUAUUCAUCAGCAAAGGCUGUGAGCAGCUCCUUGUGCCCUUAGACCCGAACAAGUCUGAUUGGUAUAUCUUCUGUAAGACGGAGUUAGUCAAUGGCACUCCGACCAUUCAGCGGACCGUACCGAUGUCCAAGUCGGCCAUGUCCACUUUGCUGGUCACCUUUGGGGAGAUCCGCGGGUGGAAAGGGGCGUUCCAUGCCCAUCAGUUCCGUUAUGGAAGUGGUAAAGUGCUCAACGAGAGCGGAUGGGUGAGCAAGGAACAACACAUGUUGAUCAUGAAGCACGCUAGCCCCCGGACCUUUCUCGACCACUAUCAUCCUCUGCAACUCGACACUGAUAUGAUCCGGGUUAUCUGUGGCCUCGACCCGGAUGUAGAACUGAUGCGAGCUGUCACGCGGCAAAGUCGUUGGCGGGACACGCGACGCCCACGCUAUUUGACUGAUCAGCAAAGGGCACAAGUUGAGGAUCACCCCGAGUUAGAAGAGGCCCGGCGCAAUCUUAGCCAGAUCCGUGCCCAAUACGAGAAGACUCAACAGCCCGCCCUGGUCCCUCGGAUCCAGCAGCGGGAGAAAGAGGUGAGAAACACGCGAAAACGGUUGCACAGGAGCUUGCGGUAUCAAAUACGAGAGAAUUUUGAUGAAGAGCAAGCAUUUCUAGACAUCGAGGCGCAGCUAUCUGGUACAGUGGUCAAGGAAGAGAGCGAGGAUGAGUCAUCCUUGGAGGACACGAUGCACCCCCUUCAGUUGCAUCUAGUCCAGAGUCUUCUUUCCUACCCAAUCUCCAACUCGUUGGAGGAUGAGUGGAAUCGGCGCGAUACGGGUGCUGCAGCCGUCGUGCAGUAUUGUGACGUCCUUGAAGGAGGGGGCCGGCCCAAGCGGAACGCCUCUGAAUCCGCUACGUCGACUGGUCCCAUAAACCAGCCGCAAGAUGCAGGGCAGACCCAAAAUGUUGCCAACUCAUGUGAGGUACAUGUUUCUGUCGCUGGCAAGCCGUCGCGUGCUACUAAGGAAUACCUCGAGAACUCUGAGAAGCCAGAGGCUUGCUUUCAAUGCUUUGCAAACAAGGGGCUUCCUGACCAUGUUCGCUUCCAGAUGUAUCAUGACGCUGGGUGUGUUACGCGCCAUUUUGACGCUAUUCAUCUCAAAGAAAAGCCACUUAAGUGCAACUGGUGUGAAGUAGCCUUGCUACAUCAAAUGGCGUUUCAGCGCCAUGCUUUUGAUGUGCAUCAUGUGCGCAGUCGCAAGCGUUGCCCGAAUCCGGUGCUGGACCUUCAGAGACAAGAAUGA